UGUCAGACUUCUGUUGUUUGUAUUUUAAUUUAUUUUUAUUAUCAGUGUGUUAAUUUACAACUCCAUCAACCGAGGUUUUUUUAUUUCCAAGCUUAGUUAUUUAAAAUAUAACCGAAAGGGUAGGAAAGUUUUACUUAGUUGCCUAAGCUACACAAUUAGAAUGCAGUCAACUGAAAAACGCAGUAAAUCAUUGGACCUUGCUUCCAUGGAACCGGCAACUAGAGUGAAGCAGCUGGCUAAUUACGGGGCUAUGGUCGAAGUUGAUCCAAAUGUUCCGCCAAGGAGGUAUUAUAGAUCGGGCUUAGAGAUGGUGAGAAUGGCUAAUGUGUAUUUAGCAGAAGGUAGCCUUGAAAAUGCGUACAUAUUGUAUAUGAAAUUUAUGACAUUAUUUUUGGAGAAAAUAAGGAAACAUCCAGAAUAUAAUACUGUACCUAUAGAAGUGAAAUCUGUGAACCAAUCUAUGUUGAAAGAGGUGAUGCCAAAGGCUGAAAAACUGAAACAGAAGCUGUUAGAACAAUUCAAAAAAGAACAUGUGUAUUAUAUAGAGAAUGAGGAAAAACGAAGAAUAGCAGAAGAAGCCAGAAAAAAGCAGGAACAGGAUGAUGCAAAGUUGGCACAGCGCCUUCAGGCUGAUGAGAAUAGACAAGAUGGGCAUCCAACUUCACCUCACUUACUUAAUGCAGAAGAAUGGGCAGUUACUCCAUCUGCACCUCCAGUGGAUGGAGUUCUAUAUCCUGAUGAUUUUGCAUCAGAGCCUCCUCGAGCAACACUCAUACCACCCCCCAGGCCACAGCAGUCGGGCGCGGCGCUGCUGGGCUCGCGGCGCCUGCGCGCCGUGCGCGUGCCGGCCGCGCUGCUGGCGCGCUUCCUGGCGCUGGCGGCCGACAACACGGCGCGCAACGUGGAGCUCUGCGGCAUCCUCGCCGGGAUACUGGAACGUGACCAGCUAAAGAUAACUCACGUGGUCGUCCCGAAGCAGACGGGCACAGCGGACUCGUGCAGCACCAACAACGAGGAAGAGAUCUUCCAUUACCAGGACCAGCACAACCUCAUCACACUCGGUUGGAUCCAUACGCACCCCACGCAGACUGCAUUCCUGUCGUCAGUAGACCUUCACACGCAGUGCUCGUAUCAGCUGAUGAUGCCUGAAGCCAUAGCCAUUGUCUGCGCGCCCAAAUAUAAUGAAACUGGCUACUUUGCGCUCACGCCGGAGUACGGCAUGCAGUACAUCGCCAACUGCCGACAGACCGGCUUCCACCCGCAUCCCAACGACCCGCCACUCUUCUAUACGGUCUCCCACAUACGCAUAGACAACACGGCGCCCGUGGAAAUGGUGGACCUGAGAAGAUGAACUCUCCCGCCACACGCUUCCAUAGCUUAUGUCGACUGCAGUAUUUUUAUACGGGGAUUAUCAAGUAUAUUAGGAUAGGAUCUUUGCACACAACGCUAAUGUAAGUUACUAAGCCGUGUCUACACUUAGUGUUUGGUUAAUUUCAUCAAAUGAAUUCUAAAUUAAACUAAUAUUUAUUUUUAAUACUAGCAAGGCUUUUGGAGAUUAUCUAUGAAUAAAAAGUUAAACUAAUAUGAACGAUUUGAUAGUUUUAUAUGUCCAGAGUGAGUUCAGUGGAUAACUCAUGAUCUCAAUUAUAAAAUGAGGAUACAAAUACAAAUGUAGCUUAGGCUCGUUGCUUUGAUCAGCUUAUUUGCAUUUCUAUUUCAUAUGUUUUGUCUAAAUAAAAACAUUUCAUCAAUAUAUUAUAACAGAACAUAGCAGAUUCCCUUUUAUUUUAAAGCGUAAUUCUUAUAAAUGAAUUAAUUCUUAAAUAUAACGGUAGAGCAGGUAGAGGUCCUUAGCGGCCAGCUAUGGAAAUAUCAUUGUAUAGUGAACGGACGUUUUGUUUUUUUUUUUAUAUUAAAACGUCCAGAAAUAAUUAUUUUAUGAUUGUUGUAUUUUAAGUUAUUAAAAAUAAUAUUAGUAAUUAUAAAAUGAAUAUAAAAAUGUUACUCAAAAUUGAAUCUUUAUUUAAUUUAUUUGCUAAUCAUGCGCGUGUUAUUAUUAUUAACAACCAAACUUUUAUGAGAGACUAGCUAGAGAGUCUGAUUAGUAAUUUAAUGUAAAGUUGAGGUCACACCUGCGCUAUAAGACAUUGACAUUGACUUGAACCUAUAUCGUCAUCAUAUAUUUAAUAUUGGUUACUAUUAUUUAGUGGGUAUAAAUAGUAUGUAUAUAUAUACGUAUUGAUAGUAUAUUUAGCUGUAUUUAUAAACGUUGAGAACGUUUUUAAGUAUGUAUAGUGUUAUUUAAAAUUGCACCACCGACCCUACUUUUAGUUUUUAAAUAAAUGAGUGAGCCAGUAUGUUCCUGGGCACAGCUCCCGUGACCCACUAAAUAGCGUUUCAUUGUCAAUGUUUAUGUGCAGUUGUGACCACAUAUUAACUUGGCCCCGUUGCUUCCGUUAUAGAAUGUCAACAAAAAAUCUUCGCCAUCGCUUCGCUAAGUCGUCGCUGUGUAGAAGCGCUUUAAUUUGUUUCUAUUAUUUUUCUGAUAGCAUUUUGUUAAUAAUUAUUAAGCUAUUGCUAAUCAUUAUAAUAUAUUAUGUAAGUAAUGUGUUCUUAUUCACUAGCAACGUACUGCCGAUGUUACUCAGACUUGACUAGACCUGGUCAUAUUUAUACGUUAGACGUUUUUGUCAGAAUAUUUUCAGAUAUUUCUUCAAUGUAAAUUUGCAACAUAUACCAACGUAUGACUAACUAUUUUUCUAACGUUUAUAUGAAAGGUGUUUUCAAUGUUCUAAGUGAAAGAGACUUGCUUUUCAAUACAAUAUUGUUACUAAACCAUUGUACUCAUAGUUAAGAUUCUGUAAACAACGACCGAUUAAAUUUUGAGCUGUAGGGCUAUUCUGUAAAAAUAAACUCAAAUUUCAUCGCAGAAAUUUUGACAGAUUUUGAUUUUGACAGAUUGGCUAUAAUUAUAAAAUUUUUAGGAUGCACUUAUCAAAGUCAGUCGGUUAUCAACAUUUCACGAGUGAAAUAAGAAGUGUAUUCUUACAGAAUCGCACUGCUGAUUACACACUGUGGACCUUAUGUCUAACACUAAAUACUUCCCUUUUGGUUUUUAUGUGUGUAUAUCGCCGAUGCCUUAACGGUCUAGUUGUCACUUUAUUAAGCUGCAUAUGGAGGGUGGAGAUGUUAUUGGUUUUCUCUGCUCAGAAAUCAUUGAGUUAAGAUGCUGGCAGGGUCACACUCUCACACCACGGAGUGGUUCUGAUUGACGUCUAUUCGAAUGAGAAUGAGCGCACACAUGUAAAUAGAGUGUACAUCUGUGUGUACUAACACACUUGCACUAAAAUAGCUGCUUUAGGUUGGUAGCCGUGGUUUUUAUUUUUUAUUAUUAAGCCACAUCAAUAGGCAUACUUAAUCUGUUUCUCUUUUUCUAUUUAUUUUGUUCUGCAAUCAUUUCUAAUGUUUGUUAAAUAAUAAUCUGCAUUUUUAUUUACAAGUAGUGUAAAAUAUAUUUUACCAGACAGUCUGAAAAUGUUUUAAGUGUACCAAUAGUAGUAUAGUUAUUCGUCGAUAGUGUGCAAUACUUUUAAACUACGUCUUUAAGACUGAACUGACAAGAUGACGCAUAUGCAGCGUUAUAAUAUGAUUUUAAAUUCAUAUUUAAAUAUUAUAUUAGGUGAUAUUUAGCUUUUCAUUACGUCUCUCUUUGUAACAAUAUUACGUUAAAAUUGUUUAAAUAUAAAUUUAAGUGUAUGCCAUUGAUUCACGCAUAUUUAGUUUUAGAAGACACUUGAGUUUGUCCACUAUUUUUGUAAAUAGGUACAUUUAAAUGUUGAUCGUGUGGAAUAUUUACACUGACAAGGGUGUCGUACUGAAAUGUUAGUUACAUACUGAUCUUAUGUAAGUGUGAUUUGUACGGACCAAUGUAAAUAAAGGCAUUUUGUUUAACA